UCUGGCGGAGCUCUGUUUUUCAGGGCUUCCAAGUUCCCCUGCAAGCUUCUGGCAGGAUGCUCCUUGCAAUUGUCCGCUAGCCGCAAUAGCUGUUCAGUUGCGCGUCCUCUUUUCUUAGCAAGUUGCUGUUCCGCUUUCUCCUCCGGGUUCUAGUGAGCUACAGCCAAUAUGACGUACAAUGCUGUUCCACCGCCCUCAGGGCUUUACUCUGCUCCUCAGCCGUCAAAAAGCUCUAGCACGGGCAAGAGAGUUUCUGGCGGCGGCGCUGGGGGCCAUUCGCAAGCGAGGAGGGAUGGUGGCGUGCAAGGGUCCUCAAGCAUGCAGCGGGAUGACGAGAAUGAAGAAGGCGUGUCAGGAGGCCGCAGAAAGUUUGAAUCUCCAGGUCCUUCCAGGGACACCGAGGUGGCAUCUCAAGACCAUGCACAAGGGACCAGAAAGCCAUUCCCUUCCGUUCGGAGUCCCACCCCCACCAAGCUACCCCUUCCAAGCCCUGGCCUUCUUCCCACCCCCCGAAUAAGCGGGAGGCAGACAGGGGGCAUCAGGCAGCCAGACUUUGCUCAGCACAGUUCCUCAGCUCGCAAGAAAUAUCCCCGCAAUGAAGUGGCACCUCAGGGUUUACAGAGACCGCUCCAAGCGUCGAACUCGUACGUCGCGCUAGGUAGCUCGCCCGUCUUCCGGCAGUCAGGUAGUCAUGCGCGUGCCUCUCCUGCAGCACUUUCUUAUUCCGCUGCUCAGGAGGGCUCUGCUCGCGGUGGCGUUGUGCAUCAGCAUGAUGUCACCCAGAGUCCCUUCUAUGGCGGGGAGCGUCAGACGAGGUCAGCGUACCAGCAAAGACAAGGGCUGCACGAAACUGAGAGUUCUUUUGGCAGCAGUGUACAAAGAGGCAAUGCUGCAGCUGGACUCGGUCAUGCAGCGGAGCAGUCGCAGACGGGGGGUUCCAGAUCGCCUCUACUGGCUACCCCUGCCAGGAAGAUUAUUUUUUCCGACAACCAGGGGGCUGAUUCUACCGAGCGUGCCCUGCUGAUGACACCCUCCCUCGGUGACGGUCUUCUUUUCAGUCCCCCCCGAGACAGAGGCCUGCUCGCAAGCGCCCCUCCGAGCCAGCGCAUCGAGCCGUCGGCACCCCCUUUACUGCAGCGGCCGGUGGACCUGUUCGAAGAGAUCGAGCGGAGCUUUGGCAUGCAGACUAGACUCUUUGACACCGCCUUUGGUCCCAACAGCCAGCCGCAAACCCCUAACGUCAAAACCCCGGCAUUCAAGGCGCAAACCCUCAAAACCCCGGCUGCAAAGCGCCCCCCGCUGCACGCCGCACCGUCUCCCGCCCUCCUCCCCACCCCGGGGAAGUUAGCUUUCUUGACACCAGCAAAGCAGGUCCAGGACGCGGCGGCCGCCGCUUGGGCGAUGGUGUCAGGCACCCCAGGGAUCCUCUCUUCCCCUGCCCAUUUCGGAACCAAUCAGAAGGCGCCAGCUGUCAACUCGUCUCCAGCCCGGGCCCCUUAUCCUGAGCAUUGGAGGCCUGAGGAGAUCAGCCAGGGCGUGAAGCGGGGCGAGCUGUUCAAGGCGGUGCUUCGAGUCAAUGCGUUCCGGCGCAUGGAGGCGUACGUAACAAUCGAGGGCAUCGGGACGGACGUGCUGAUUGAUGGCCUGAUUGCUCAGAACCGCGCGAUUGAGGGCGACACCGUGUACAUAAAGGUCGACCCCCCCUCCAAGUGGCCCCUCCUCAAGGGCGCCAAACCCGACGAGACCCCCUCCGAGGCCAGUUCCGUGAGCGGCCUCUCUUCCGUGCUGGAAAAGCUGAACCUGGGAACAACUAGAGGCGGGAUGUUUGGGCUGGAAGACAGCGGCGAGGACGAGAGCGACCGGGGGAGCCUCGGCGUGGGAAGCCUGGGCACCGAAAGCUCUUUUGCUGAGAGCUUGGGUAGCAGGAUUGCUGGUAACUUUGCCGGCAGGACCAAGGGGGACUAUACGAACGGCCAUGGGGGGGUGAAUGGAUCAGAGGGGCCGGACGAAGUGCAGAAAGAGCUGGACGAUCUGUUGCGGCAGCUGCGGGGGGCUGGCGGCGAGCAUGGACGGGGCGGGGGCAGCGUCGGGAGCAUGGAAACCGAGGACGGCAGUGCGGUUGGCAGUCUGGAGGGACGGAGUGCGAGGGCGCGUCUUGCGGUUGCUGAGUCUGAGGAGGGGGGUGAUCGGGAUACUUGCAACGACACCGAGAGUUUGUCCGAGGGCGAUCUGUACAGCAGUAGGGGCAGCGAAGCGGGAACGGAAGAGGAGCGCCGGCAGAGCCCCUCGGAGAAGGCGGUCGAGAAACUAGCGGCGGAGCUAAAAGGGGCGCCGAAUCGGCGGCCCACCGGCUUCGUCGUUGGGAUCGCGGAGUUCUCGUCCAGACGAGAGGCGCUCGUCGGUUACCUCCAGAUCCCCACCAAACCCUCCAAACCCUGCACGCCGGCCAAGCCCUCGCCUGACACGCCCGUGAAGGGACUCUUCCAGGAUAGCGGUAACGACUCCCCGACCUUUACCGCCUUCACGAGCCCGUCGAUCACGCUGAUGCCGGCGGACCCGCGCAUGCCGAAGAUGACGGUGUGGGUGGACGGGUUACCGGACGGGUUGAAGGAGCGGGUUAGGGAGGGCGACCCGACCGUCAACACGACCCUGGUCGCGGCACGCCUCGACUGCUGGAAGGCCCAGCACUACCAGCCCCUCGCGGUGGUCCGUCAAAGCCUCGGCCAGGCCGGAGAGAUUGAGACCGAAACUGCAGCCAUCAUGUUCAUGUACAAGAUCCACGGGCCCGACUUUCCCCCCGAAGCGCUUGAGUGCCUCCCUCCGACUCCGUGGGGGAUCCCUCCGGACGAGCUGGCGCGCAGACGGGACCUGAGGGGCGAGCGCAUCUUUACAAUUGACCCCCCUACCGCGCGGGACUUGGACGAUGCGGUUUCGGUCAAGAGGCUGGGCAACGGGAACAUCGAGAUUGGGGUGCACAUCGCGGACGUGUCGUUUUUCGUGAGGCCGGGGACCGAACUCGACAAGGAGGCCCGCCGGCGAUCCACGUCCGUGUACCUCAUCCAGCGCGUGCUGCCCAUGCUUCCCCCGCUCCUAUGCGAGCAGCUCUGCAGCCUCAACCCGGGGGUCGACCGCCUAGCCUUCUCCGUUAUCUGGGAGCUGACCCCCGGGGGUGAGAUUGUUCGUCAGUGGAUGGGCCGGACCGUGAUCGCUUCGUGCUGCAAGCUCGCGUACGGGCACGCGCAGGCAAUGAUUGAAGACCGGUUCGACCCGGAAAACUUCGUCCCGGGGCCGCAGACCGGCCCCAAGCCGCCGGCGCUGCACGGGAACCACGCGUGGGCUGACGUCAUCGCGGACGUCAUCGCGCUGAACGACCUCGCGCGCUCGCUGCGGCGCGCGCGGUUCGAGUCAGGCGCGCUCCGGCUGGACAACACGAAGGUGGUGUUCAAACUAGACGCGGACGGAAACCCGGACGGCGUGGCGGUCUACGAGUCGCUGGAAGCGAACCGGCUGAUCGAGGAAUUUAUGCUCCUCGCGAACCGCAGCGUGGCCGGGGCGAUCUCCCGGGCGUUCCCCGAGGCAGCGCUCCUGCGGCGGCACCCCCCUCCCAACGAGCGAAAGCUCGAGGAGCUAGCGAAGCUCUGCGAAGCGCACGGGUUCGAUAUCAACCUCAGCAGCGCUGGCGCGCUGCACGCGAGCCUGGAGGAGAUCCGUGCCGCGACCGCGCACGACGCCGCGAUCGCUGACGUCAUCCGGCUGAGCGCGACCAAGCCGAUGAACCUGGCCAAGUACUUUUGCACGGGGGAGCUCCUGGGGGCGCCCGAGGACUGGGGGCACUACGCAUUAGCGACCCCCCUGUACACCCACUUCACUUCCCCGAUCCGGCGCUACCCCGAUCUAGUCGUUCACCGCACCCUUGCGGCGGCGCUCGAGGCCGAGAGCAACCUCUGCGAACUGCAGGGAGUAAGUUCAGGUCUAGCGAGUCUGGACGGCGGCGAUUCGCAGCCGUUCACGGGACCGGUGACCGGGGACGUCAAGGAGGCGCUGCUGACGUGGCACGGGGCGCUUUGGGACGACGAGAAGGGCGACCGCGGCGUGGAGAAGCGGGCGGUGGCGGUCGCCGGGAAGGCACACGGGGUGCCGGAGAAAGCGGAGCUGCAGGGGGUGGCGACCUACUGCAACGAGCGGAAGCUGGCGAGCAAGCAGGCGCAGGAGGCGAGCGACAAGGUGUUCCUGUGCGUGCUGCUCAAGCGGCGCGGGGGCAUGGUGUCGGACGCGCGUGUGGUGUCGCUCGGGCCCAAGUGGGCGACCGUGUAUGUCACGCGGUUCGGCCUCGAGCGGCGGAUCUACUUCGAGGACCUGCAGGGCGCGCAGGCGGAGUUCUUCGAGUCGACGCGGACGGUCGUGAUCGGCGAGGCGCGCGAGAGCGGGCGGAGCGCGAAGAAGGUGGCGCGCAAGGCGGCCGUGGUGGAGGAGUACGGGGAUGCGCUCGCGGAGGACGCGGCCGCGGUCGGGGUCGAGGCGGCGGUGCUGCCGAUGACGCUCCGGAUGCUGUCGUCGGUGCCGGUCGUGUGCUAUGCGAUCACGGGGAACAACCGGCCGAUGGACAUUGGGGUACGGCUGUACUUGUGAGAGAUGCCGCGAUCCAGUUGAGUGGUUGUAGCCUUCUAGGAGGUGUAGCGUAACGAAGGUGAUUCAAUUGACUUGCUGGUCAGAAGGUGAUAAAGGUAGCGAAGCAUUCAGUUGGGUGCUCGACUCAGGUGCUUAAUUCUGUUGGGAGGUGCAUUUCAUGGUGUACUUCGUCCUGCAGCUGGGGGUCACUAGCAGAGCUUUGAGAGCUUUGACGCUGUACUCGGGCUGGCUUAAAGUACGUCGGUUUUUAAUCAUCCACGGCACCUUCUUAAUUGCGGCGGCUGACACCGUUACCUGACUGUGCGUGGAUCAGCACGAUAUACCGAUUUCCUUCAGUUGACACGAAUGGAAGCGUCGUACGUUCGUAUGUUUGUGCGGUCAGUUUCGAAUGUAGCCUGG